CACGGGCUUCCGUAGGCACCAACAGCAGAGGGACCUGCUCGCUGCCUGAGCCUGAAAGCAUCCUCCUCUCUCCGCUUUCCUCUUUUCAUCCUCACCAAAACACCGCGGGAUGGACGGAAAAUCAGGAGCGAAGUGUCUCCAUUUCUCCCGGUUUGCGGCGGAGCCUCGGUACGAGUCACGUUAGCGUUUUUAGCUUGCGUAAUGCUUGCUCGACAUGAGGCUGUUUUCCCUGAUGAGGAGGAGACAAAAUAGCCUGUCAUAGUUAUCCUGAACAGAGACGAGCUGGGCUGAGCUGCUUGUUUGCUUUUUUCCCCCUUUAUUGUUACUUUGUUUUGUCUUUUUUUCCUUUUAUUUCUCUUGUGAUGCGGAGAGUCGUCGGUCCUCCAGCGGAGUAGAUGCACAGAUAGAAGUAAUCCGCCUCGCAACAUAAAGAGGGUUUCUGAUGUUACCCACUGAAGAAAAUCAAAGCUGACAUAAAAUCUGAUGCCAUUCAAGCUUUUUAUCUUCGUCUUUCUUCCCAUUUAUUGGAAAAGCUAUAAAACCUCCAAUUGAUGAUAUCUCCCUUGGUGCCAUGAGAAAAGGCCUCCCCAAUGGAAAUGCCAGCUCUACUUUACUCAGAUGAAUAUUUGUGCCAUCACUGUGAUCACCUAUUAUUUCGAGAUUUUCAGUGGUAGAAACUGGGCUGAGCAGACUGUCUUGAAAAAUGGAAUACCCCAACGCUUCAGCCACAACUUUCCACAUCACAUGCCUUUUCUCCUGGAUUUUCUCACAACGACCUUGAGUCACAAUUUAAAUUCAUAUUUAUCACAUCAGUGGUGACAUAUCUUAGUGGAUAUGCUUCAGUUUGUGGAUGUAGAAUUAUUGCAUUUAAAAUAUUAAGUUGCUUUGUCAUGCAGAGAAUCUGGAGACACACCACAAGCAAGCUAGCCUCGCAGAUUUUAGGAACAGCAGGUGUAGCUGAUGGUGUAGUCUUCCUCUCUUUGGCAGUGACCCCAUGACCUCUGCUGACAUCAGCAUCAGCAAAACCCGUCAGAGGUUUAACACAGCAAAUAUCAGCCACAAAAGCGUCUAGGAUGAGUGCGUUCCCAUAGCUUCGCCACGCCAGCGUUGCCGUGGCUGGCCGUCCUAGGACGGCCAUCCUCCUCUGCCAUGACCCGGCUGAUGUUGGGCCGGACUCUGGAGCGUAUCUGCAAAGGUGUCCUGCUGCUCUGCCUGCUCCACUUCCUCAUCAUGAUGAUCCUGUACUUUGAUGUCUACUCGCAACGGUUUGACCUCUUCAGCCGCUUCAACAACGGCCGCAAUGGAUCCAGGAACAACGCGAGCGGAACCGGGAGCGGACAUCAUUAUUACUACUACAAUCUGUCAAGGCCCAAUGCGACAUUCGCCACCUACCUGGCCACAGGUGAACAGUUGGUGCAGAGCAUGCAGCCUGAGAACAAUCAGACACCUUCUCCCAAACCGCUGCCGCCGUGCCCUGAGAACCCACCAGGUCUUGUGGGGCGUUUGCUGAUUGAGUUCAGUUCCCAGAUGACGAUGGAGCGAGUGCAGAAAGAAAACCCAAACGUCACAGAGGGAGGCCGAUACACCCCGCCAGACUGCCGGCCAAGAUGGAAGGUUGCCAUCAUCAUCCCGUUCCGCCACAGAGAAAAUCACCUGAAGUACUGGCUCCACUACCUCCACCCUAUUCUCAGACGGCAGAAGAUCGACUACGGCAUCUACAUCAUCAACCAGUUGGGGGAGGACACCUUCAAUCGUGCAAAGUUGUUGAACGUCGGCUACACCGAGACUCUGAAAGAGGCGGAGUACGACUGCUUCAUCUUCAGCGACGUGGACCUGAUCCCGAUGGAUGACCGGAACCUCUACCAUUGUUACGACCAGCCAAGACACUUCGCCAUCGCAAUGGAUAAGUUUGGCUUCAGGUUACCCUACGCAGGCUACUUCGGGGGCGUUUCAGGACUCAGUAAAAAGCAGUUUCUGAAAAUCAACGGGUUUCCAAACGAGUACUGGGGCUGGGGAGGGGAGGACGACGACAUUUACAACAGGAUCACACUGAAUGGGAUGAAGGUGUCCAGGCCCGACGUCCGCAUCGGUCGCUACAGAAUGAUUAAGCAUGAGAGGGACAAACACAACGAGCCCAACCCGCAGAGAUUCAACAAAAUCCAGAACACAAAGAACACGAUGAAGAAGGACGGCAUCAGCUCCCUGACCUACAAACUGGUUGAAGUAAAGAAGUACCCUCUGUACACGAACAUCUCCGUGGAGAUUGGCAAGCCGCCUCCUCGACCCAUCAAAGGGUAGGGCGAGGAGGUGAAGCUGAGGAGGGUGGUGCACACGGACGGAUGGAGGGACGGGGACAUCUAGAGAGGCGUGCGACGCGAGCUGAGAGGACACACAAGUCUGUCGCAGCGUCUCCUCCUCCCCUCUGUUUUUACUCUCCGUUUGUUUUUUUUGUUUUUUUUAAGAUUCCAGCUUGAUAUUUUGCUCCUUUAGGGCUCAGGCUUUAGCCACUUACUGCCUCUUUGAGGAGCCGGUGGCAGCCAUCGCCCCUGCUGCGCCGGCACCACUCGGUUGACUAUGAAUAACUCGAGGACCAACAAGGUGGAAUAUCAGUAGCUCGCAAGGACGUCGCCGUCAAACUUGGAGCCGUUUCUGUGACAAUUCUUUGUAACCUGGAGGCCGUCCGGCGACACGAGUCGAAGGAUGAAAAACACAACACGUUAUUAUAAUUUAUGACUUCUGCUAGUUGUGCGUCAGAGCGCACAGUGUGGUUUCUUUUUCAUUUCAAACGGGGGGGGGAUGGUGGGGGAAAAAACUGUUUACAAGGAUAAAUGACUUCAAAAUGACGCAGAUGCUGUUUGGGAAAUUAAGCAUCCGAAAAAGUAGCAACCCGGUUCGAUAAACUUUACAAAGGCCUUCACAGCAUGUAAAAACCUGAGCAUCUACAGUGGGGGGAGGAGGAAACUUACACAAGCAGUGAUGAUACACAGAGAUGUUUUUGUAGUUUUUUUUUUUUUAAUCUUUCAGAGACAGCAGCUUAUCGUGACACAUGGCGUUAACAGACAUGUUGGCAUUUCCUGCUCGGCGUUACUGGUGUGGAUCUCAUUAACUCAGACUCCUCUGCUAUAAAUCAAUGAAUGUGUAUUGUGCCUGCUUCUACCGCAGAAGACUCAUGAACACACUGAUGAAACAUCAGAGAAAACUCUUUUCCUUUUUCCAGCUUUUUUUUUUACACGUUUAAAACUAACAUUUUAAAAACAGAAAUGGACUACUUGAAAGUUUUGCAACAAGAGAAAAGUUGAACAGUUCUUUGUCUGCAGGCAGGUGGGAGCGUCUUGGGAGGGAGUUUUAUAAUAUAAUGGAAAUCUAAAAGCAGGAGUCCUGAUAUUUGCUGACAGCUCAGUCAUGAAACUCAAAGAGAUUCUGUUUCCGUAUUUUAACUCCGUCUCAAGUAGUUUUUAUAGCGUAACCCAGUCUUUAAGGGGUUCAGAUUAGUUUGACCGUUGUUCAACACUGGGCAUUUAUCUUAUUUUGCACAUUUUUGUAUAGUAUCUUACACACAAGAGGCAGAAACAAUCGAAACUGAUUUGUCAGAAUAUCUUUUACCGUCAAAAAGGCAUUUUGGAUCUGAAAGAUGACUUGUAAACUUUUAUACAGGCAAGAAAAAAAGAAAAAGAACGAUUCUUUUGGUCAUUUUUUCAGGCCUACAACAUAAACGUGCUCUUUUUUUCUAAUAUCACAAUCCAUUUUAAACUGUGCCGAUAGUAUUAAUAUGCCACUUUUUUCCCUCUUAUUUUCUGUUCAGUCAUUAAUAGAUGAUCAUAUUUACAAGGAGGAAAAAUGACAAAGUGGGAAUUAUUAAUUAUAAGACUGGAGAAAAGGCAGAACCAGAAACGCAUGAUGUCCUUUUUGCGUCUCUUAAUUUAAUCAUGAGCUCUCAUUCCUGUAUUGUAUACUGCUUUAUCACACCACAGAUUUGAUUAUGUGCUAAAUUAGCCACUUUUCUUGCAAAGAUUUCCUUUUUUCUGUUUGCUUGAAAACUUUACAUCAUCUCUUAAGUUCCUCCGUCGACACAUCGAAGCCUUGGGCAGCUUUGUCUUGAAGACGUUGCUCUGUUUCCUCUGUAUUUUUAUUUUUGUUUUUUUUGCCUUUCGUGUUGGUUACACCCCAAACUGUUGCCUUGACAUGUUAACUGUGCUAAUUUAAAAAGGUCAUUCCUGGAGAAAAUGUGUCGUCGGGUGGAAACAAACAGAAAUUAAAGUGUUUGUUUCUGUU